AUUCAGAAAUUUAGAAUUUCUAAAACUGAAUGAGAGUUUCACCCUUAAAACUCCCACCACAGUCUGAGCAAGUAUUGCUGAACACAUGUGAAGAACGAGACAGAGGUGAUGUUCAAGAUGAACACCACUGUACUUGACAUUUUACUAUCACUGCUGGUGGACUGAGACACGGUCUUACCUUUCUUGAUCCUUGUUUUAAAUCUUUGCACUGUUCCUAGGUACCUAAUGAGGCUGAAGAGAUGGCUUGCUCUCCGGUUGAAUAUAAUUUUCCCAACAGAUCUUGACUAUACAGGUCAAUUUUGAGUCCAUGCUCAACCAUAGGUUCAUAUAGCUGACUUUAGAUGUCUCUUUUGCAGUACAAUUCUAUUAGUUGCAAAUGGUCAUGUCUUGAAAUUUGCAUUGUCAUUUGUGUUUGGGAAGAAGUAUGUACUGUCUUGUAAAUAAAUAUUUAUGAUUGAAUUGUCAUCAUUCUUGGUUAUCAUUGCUUCGGGUGUUGCGUGUUGGUAAAUUUGAAUUGCUGCUUUUGAGGAACGUUAUGGAAUCCUGAUUUCUGGUGGUUGUUCUCAUUGGGUGGAACAGUUCAAAUUCAGACGCUUUUUUUUUUUCGGUUCACAAGGGAUUUUAGAAAAGUAAUCAAUUGUUGGAAUUUACCGAUGCUUCGCUAUGUAAUCGUGGAUGGGCCAAUUUUCAAACUCACUGAACAGGAUCCUACAAGUGGAGAUUUUUUGCAUGCCGUGAUGUUCAGCUUGUGGCUUACCACAUGACCCAAUUUUCAAUGUGGAAACUUCUGGCAUGCUAAAAGCUCGAUGAUCUUUCUUUUCUGCUGCGCGUCGAGAGUAUCUUGUGCAGAAAUUCAAAGUAUUCUGGUAAUGCUUAGAAUAUUCAUUCCCUGUACAGUCUUCCGAAUCGUGCGCAUAUGCAAUCGAUGAUUUUCUCGGAACCAGUGUAUCGCUGUAAUUUCUAUAAAUAUUUUGUAGGUAUCUCGCAUAACACUUCUUCACCUAGAAAUAUUCAACGUUUUGCGAUGAAUUUAAUUUGAAUAUUUGUUCCGUGAACGCUUGAGUAACUAUGGUAGCGGAUUCAAGUCGCAGUCAACCGAUCUGCUUCCUCUUCCGGCGUUUCUACUCUUCGUUGAAUAUACUGCAUCAUUUUGAUACGCGGCUUUGAUUCAGUAAAGGAAUCACGAGAAUAGUAGUAACUUCGACUCAGCAAUCACACCACAAUGUCCGGUUUAUGACGUCAGAGUCCAUCAACACCAACGCAGUGUAAAAUAUAAAAGAUGUCAAGUGCUUCAUUCAAAGGUUGAGAUAGUAAGGUGUUACAGAACCCCGGAAAACUUAAUUAGAUCGAACGGAAUCUCUAGCUCCCGGCUCCGUCCGUCCAGUCCAAUCGCUCCGCUCUCGUCUUCCCCCAGCUGAACCUAAUGGGGAUGUUAGAACAAACGGUGUGCAUUCCAUGCUGCUCGGUAGGUGUUGCUAAUGCUGUAUGAGCGAAGCCCUUACUAUGUACUAACCCGGACAUGAGUACAGUACUGUAACUAUUCUUCUGUUUUCCGGUUAAUGAGGAAUCCUUCUUGUGCUGACGAGUCUAAGUCGUUUCAUUCACUAUGGAGUAAAUGUAGUUAAUAUUGGAAAAACAAUCCGACGAAAACUGCAGCCUGAGUUCCUGACACGCAGUUUUAAAAUUUAUGUAAGGUACUGUACUUACUUGGAGAAACGGUUGUAAGAAAUUACUUGUCUGCCUUCUCUGUCCGUACGCCGUCUCAAUAAAUUAAAUGUUGUAUCGGGUACAAGUCUAAAUUUAAGUGAACUUUCUUAUUCCAUAUUAUUAAUUCCAAUCGAACUUCCGUACGAUUUUGCAUCUGCACUGCAAAACUGAGCAUAUACUGUACUGUACUGUAUAUGUUCAUUUAACUCGAUUUCUUGGAUGUGUUGACGCGUCAACACGGAAAUGACGCACGGUAUUUUGUGAUGACCGUUAUAGAGUUAAAAUGCUUUUUAAAAAUAUUAUGAGUUCACGGUUUAAUACGUUUGAAUACUGAAUAUUCAUAGAAUGAUCGAGAAUCUCCCAAGCUCAGUCUGUGACUCUUGAAGCUUUCUGCGACGAAUGGCAGAUAAACAGGCGAGAAAUUUACUCACUGCGGGACAGAGAGAUAAAACUUUCUAUUUGUACCGAUCUGCAUCCAGUGACGAUGGGGAUCCAGAUUUGGAACCGACUGCUGACGGUAUUACCAAGUCCGAAAUGAAAAAGGAAUCACGGUCGGGAAACAAUGGAGCCUUUCUCAAAGUGGCUUCCCCAACGAAGACCGCGAGCUCGGGCUCGCUCGCCGCUGCUAUAGAGCAAGCCGUGCUUGCAGAAGCAGAGGCCUAUGACACUGUGGAUGAGAAUUUUGUCUCACAGAUUUCCAUAGACCCAUUCAGCGUGCCAAAAAUUCUGUGUCGAAAUGAAAGCUACGAGAUUUUGCAGCAGCGAGGAUCGAAGUCCAACGAGUCUCGUGUGCUUGUCUUGUACACUGGUGGUACCAUCGGAAUGAUUAAGAAUGAACAGGGUGUUCUAGCCCCGGCUCCUCGACAGCUGGAACCACACAUCAGAACGUACCCACACUUGCACGAUGCAAAGUAUGCCGAAGCAUUUUAUAUGCGUGAUGGAGACAGGUCAAAGAACCCGAAGCAAAUUUUCACUCCUCUUGUUCUUCCGGAAACCAGAGAGGCGAAAAGGGUCAUUUACACAGUUUUUGAAUACGAACCCCUUCUAGACUCCUCAAAUAUGACAAUGGAUGAUUACGUUCGAAUUGCGGAAGACAUAAAGACGGCUUACCAUUUGUUCGACGGAUUUUUGAUUCUUCAUGGAACAGACACUCUUGCUUACACAGCCUCUGCAUUGUCAUUCAUGCUGGAAAAUCUGGGGAAGAGCGUUAUUCUCACUGGUUCACAGAUCCCGCUGUUCGAAACUUUGAGUGACGGAAGAGACAACUUCAUUGGUGCUUUGGUAAUGGCUGGAAACUACAAUAUACCCGAGGUCACCGUAUUUUUCAAUCAUAAACUGCUGCGAGGAAAUCGAACAACAAAAAUCUCGACUUCACGUUUUGAUGCAUUCAACUCGAACAAUAUGCGUCCAUUGGCAACUGUGGGGAUCCAAAUUCAUGUUCACUACAAGGAUAUAUUCCGCCCGUUUUCCAUUGAGAGGUUCAAAGUCCACCCAAGAAUGAGCAACAAUGUUGGCUUGCUACGCUUAUUUCCGAGCAUGAGUCUCGCUACGGUCCGGUCUUUCUUGCAACCGCCUAUAGAAGGAGUUGUUCUGCAGUCGUACGGAGCUGGGAACAUCCCUUCAAACCGGGAAGACAUCGUGGAGGAAAUGAGAAUCGCCAUCAAAGCUCGUAAUGUCCUCAUUGUCAACAUCAGUCAGUGCCAUGAGGGCGCAGUUGAUGCAUCUUAUGCCACGGGCAAGGUGCUUCUGGAUGCUGGUGUUAUUCCCGGGGCUGACAUGACACCUGAAGCUGCUUUAUCAAAAUUGAGCUAUGUUCUAUCAAAGGAUGAAUGGGACUAUGACACAAAGCGUGAGAAAAUAAUGGAGAAUUUGAGAGGGGAGAUGACCUUGUACAAAAAGACUGACUCAAAGAAUGAUCUGGACCUCAUCGAUGCACUGAGCAAAGCUUUGCGAUUCUCUUCACACAAAGAAGUCAAACAAAUGAAAUCGUUCAUCUUCCCUUGCUUGUUAUGUAUGGCUGCCAAAUCCGGUGACAUCAACAAAAUUGAUGAGCUGCUGAAGAGCGGUGCUGACCUUUCUGCAGCAGACUAUGAUGACAGAACUGCAUUACACGUAGCCUGCUGUGAAGGCAACGAAGAAAUGGUCAAGUAUUUAUUGAAACAUGGAGCGAGUGUCCACAAACGUGAUCGAAACGACAGAUCACCGCUAAUGAACGCUAUGGAGUUCGGCCAAAUUAAUUGCGUCAAGAUGCUUCUAGAAUGCGGAGCAGAUGUCGCAUCCAAUUCUGCCAACAUUUUAACCCUGGGAGACGAUAUUUCAAGGUCCGCUGCACUUGGAUCAGUGAACAGUUUAAAAGCGUACAGAGAAGGUGGCAUCUCCUUGUUGCUGAAGAACUUCGCUGGGAGCACUUCAGUUCAUACGGCGACUCUGGCCAGACAACGUGAAGCACUCGAAUACAUCCUUCUGACGGAGCCGAAAAGCUUUGAGGUUACCGAUAAUAUGGGUCGCACGGCAGAAGAAAUGGCAAAAGAUUUUUGCUAUUCCGAAAUCGUGGAGAUUUUCGACAAAGUCAGGAAAUGUUCCCAUAAGCGGAAUUUGUUGUCGGCAAUCUCGUCCCAGUCUCCUGACGAUUCGUAG